CCGGGCCGAGCCCGCCCGGGUGCAGUCCCCGCUCCGCGCCGCGCCGCCGCGCAGUCCCCGCGCUGCUCCGUGGGCCGCCGGAGCCGCACGUCGGGCCGCCCUCCUCUUCCUCCCCACCGCCGCCGCCUCUCGCUAUGAAUGCACGCCGGGCCCUGCUCUCCGCCGCCUUGCUCGCCAGCCUCCUCUGGGAUUUACCUUGCUGCCUCCCGGCUUCCCUCCCCACCGCCUCGGAGAUCGCCGCCUCUUCCAAAGGCGGACGGGGCCGCAGGGUGCCGCGGUCCCCACGGGAGAACCGCCCGCGGCAAGGCGGACACGCCGUGGGCCGGGCGUUCCCACGGGCGGAACCCCACGAGUACAUGCUAUCUCUGUUCAGGACUUACUCCAUCGCAGAGAAACUGGGCAUCAACGCCAGCUUUUUUCAGUCGUCCAAAUCCGCCAACACCAUCACUAGUUUUGUAGACAAGGGACUAGACGAUCUCUCGCCCGCUCCCUUGAGGCGGCAGCAGUAUGUGUUUGAUGUAUCGACCCUCUCGGAGACGGAGGAGCUGGUGGGGGCCGAGGUGCGGCUCUUCCGCCGGGCGUCCCGCGCCCGCCCGCCGCCCGCCGCCCCGGUACAUAUGCAGCUCUUCCCCUGCCUGUCGCCACGGCCUCUGGACUCUCGAGCCCUGGACCCGCGGGCGGCCCCGGCCGCCGACUGGGAGGUCUUCGACGUGCGGCAGGGCCUGCGGGAGCAGCGGCCGUCGAAGCGGCUGUGCCUGGAGCUGCGGGCCUCGGCGGGCCGCGGGCCACCGCGCUGGCUGGACCUGCGGGGCCUGGGAUUCGGGCGCCGGCCGCGACCGCCGCAGGAGCGGGCGCUGCUGGUGGUCUUCACCCGCGCCCGGCGGCGGAGCCUGCUCGGGGAGCUGCGCGCCGAGCUGGGCUCGCCGCCGCCGCCUGCUGUCCGCCGGCCGCCGCCCCGGCGCCAGCGGCGCACCGCCUUCGCCAGCCGGCACGGGAAGCGGCACGGCAAGAAGUCCCGCCUGCGCUGCAGCAAGAAGCCACUGCACGUCAACUUCAAGGAGCUGGGCUGGGACGACUGGAUUAUCGCCCCGCUGGAGUACGAGGCCCACCACUGCGAGGGGGUCUGCGACUUCCCACUGCGCUCCCACCUGGAGCCCACGAACCACGCCAUCAUUCAGACCCUCAUGAACUCCAUGGACCCCAGCUCCACGCCGCCCAGCUGCUGCGUCCCCACUAAAUUGACUCCCAUCAGCAUCCUCUACAUCGACGCGGGCAACAACGUGGUGUACAAGCAGUACGAGGACAUGGUGGUGGAGUCCUGCGGCUGCAGGUAGCGGGCGGGACACCCCUCGGGGCUGCAUCUGGCGGAGAAGCGCCGGCGGUGGCGAGCGGGGACGGCCCGCGCCCGCCCGGAGCGGGCUCGGCGCGUAGGGGAAGGUCGGGCGCCGGUUCCCGCGGGUGGCGGGCGUCGGGCAGCGCCUGCCCUUGACUACCGUGCGGGGAAGGGAGAGAGGGCAGGGCAGGCGGCCAGGCCCCGCCGGGUCCCUUCCCCUCUUUCCCCCGCUCUUUCCCCCUCUCUCCCUCCCUCCUUCCCUCUCCCGGGGUUUAUCUGGCGAUCUGUCCUCUUCCCUCCAAAGGUGAAGGCAAUUUAACAAGUACAAAAAGAGUCGGGGGAGGGAGAGGGAGCAGACCGAGCCCUCUCUCUGAAGUUGCUCUGAAGAGGGCUGCUUCAUUUCUGCCCUCUUUCACAUUCCUGCAAGCUUACCAGCCAGAAAUAGCCUCCGGCCCCCACCCCCAAAGGAAAAAAAAAAAAGAGAAAAGUUAAAAAACAAAAAAAAGCUCAAGAUUGUAAUUACCAGUUAGGUUUUAUUUUAAGACAGCAAUGAAAAACUGUGAAGAGCGAAGUGUUACAGAAAGCACAACCUGGGUGAAUGGAAAGGAAACUCCCUCGGAUUUCAGGAACAGCGCAAGGAUGCCAUUGCCAGGUCUCUAAGUAGCUCUAGCUCGGCAGCCCUCGCAACCUGCAGCAGUAUUAUACGCGAAUGGUGUGCUUGAAAGGCGUUCUAAGUAAGAUUCCUGUUUCUUUCCCGCCUUUGGUCUCAGCUGCUGCUUCACCUGAGGAAAGUGCACUUCGAAGCACGCGUAGCCCUUUCUUAAUGUAACUGUUAUGUUCGUAGUUUCAGGCUUUUCCCCACUGAUUUUUAGAGUCGUCUUAUUUGGUUUUGCAGAGCUGGUGAAAAAAAAAAAAAAAGAUUAAAAAAAGAGAAGAGAAUAAUAAUAUAAAAUGCUAAUAAAAAGACUCGACCAGGAGCAAUAAUUUAAAAUGCACAUUUUGCUUUGGAUGCACUGUUGUUCAUAUAAAAGUUGUAAAUAUUUGUUUAUUUAAACAGACUGAAAAGUGCAAAAUGGAGAUGAACAACAUGCAUUUUUUUUAAUGUACAAAACAUUAUAUGCACUCGAAAUGUUAUAAUUUCUAAUAUUUUUAAAAGUUUAUAUUUGAGUUGUACAGAAUUAAGCAUUAAUCAAAUAUUUCAUCCUUACUUAACAUUAUAAUUUCCUUAAGAUAUUAUUACAAAAUUUAAAUUCUGUGCUAAUAAUGGAAAAAAGAACUUUUUUUUUUACUGUCUACCUCACUAUAAUGCAAGUAUUUACAACUCUAAAGUUAUCUGAGGUAAAUUAAUAUUCAGAACAUUUUUACAAUACAACUUUACUGGACGGUACUACAACUAUUACUGUAUUAUUAAACAUUUCUUUUUCCAAAAAGUCAGCUUGCUUUUAUAUGUUUUAUUAUUUGGUUAAGUAAUGCUGAGUUCUUAAGUAAACAUUAGCUCCAGUUCUACAAAUGCUGCAGAGUUGAGUUGGAGCAAGUGCCACUUUGAGAUGUACCUGAAACCAUUCCUCCUAUCUGAAGACUUUUUGUACUCCCACAAGAUCUUUAGUUUCGUCUUUGGUAUAUGCUGGUGGCUCAGAGCUGCAUUAUGUUUGUCUGCAUUUCAUGCAAUGAUUACUAUAAAUGGGAGAACGCAUUAAGGGGAAAAAUUCAGACAAACCUUUGUAAAUCUCAUCUGUACCGGGUACGUUUACAUACACUGUAUGAUGUUGAUGAGCAAAAGACAAUGAAUGUUUUAUAAAUGAUAUUUAUUUUAAUGCAAUGGGUAAUAUAUUUAUUAAAUAUUUCUUGGCUAUCUCUUAGAUAAUGAAGAACUAUUAAAUAAGUAGCUGUUUCAGUAAGAGAAGGAUUCCCCUCUUCUCUCACAGCAAUGCUUGUGGAGAAGGUGGUGUAGGCAGUGUGGGGGCUCUUGGAAAAGAAAGUGCCUCAUCUUAUAUGCAGAAGGGCUGAAAGAGAUGCUCACCUUGUGGAAUGUGUUGAAAACAAGGUUCUUUUCAUAGAAAGUGGAAUUUUUUUAACCUUAUCACAAGAUCUGAUCACAUUUUUCCCUGGCCAGCUUUCACCCCCUUGGACUGCUGCUUGAACAAAGGAUUGCAGAAUCACACCCGAGUGUUUGAAUAGCAGCAGCUGAGAGACCUGUAGAAGACUCCAGCUUUAGAGCUGGUACAAUUGCCAGAGGAAUAUUUCUUUUUAAUACUUAAUAGUGUUUCAAGUUCAUGACUAAUAGAGUCAGAAACCACAGCUUUAAAAACAGCUUUAGUUUUAAAGCUGGGUUUACCGUUUGGAGUGGUGUGAACUUUGGUUGCUGCUCUGACCACACUGGUUCAGUCUUCUGCUAUGGAUGAAGCUCCCUCUCUCUUUACGAAGGAAAGCAGUGGGCAAAUGAUGCCCAACAGGCUGCAGUGUGCUCUCUGAGGAAUGGUAAUCAGGAUCCAUAAGACGCCAUCCACUGGAAAUGACCACUGAGUGAAUCAUCGUUUUAGUUUGCUGCCUGGUGAGCAAAUGAAUUAUCACUUGUACAGACAAUGCUUUGGCUAAAACCAUGCACUGAGAUUUUCAAUGCAAUUUCCUUUCCAUGUAAAAACCAGUGUCCCUUCUAUUGCAAGACUGUACAUUGCACGCUUGGUAGCAAGCUGGUCUGUCACUGAGCCAUCCGUUCUGCUCUGCCUCAGAUGUGGCUUUGGGGAACGUCAUCAAACAAAGUUCAACUGUGGGAGGCCUAAGAAAUCUCUCCUGAAAGAAAGUCCUCAGAGAGGCAACAGAGAAGACAUUGCUGUCUUGGAUAUACAGUACAGAGCAGUUUGUAUCUUCUCCUGCAUUAGCUGAUUUUUUGGUGACCUCUUUAAUGGCCAGAAAAGGUUUGAAAGCAGUUUGUCCCAAAUGUCUGAUCUGUACUUGUUAACUUUUUAAGGGCAGUGAGAGAGCUGAAGAAAGGCAAAAAUAGUCAGCAUCUGCAUUACCUGCUUUGGAGGCAAACCUUUUGGAUUUUACUUACUGAAAGAGAGGGAACACUGGCUUUCUGAAUGUGUGCUCUGUAUGCUACAACUAAUAUAACAUUAUCUGAGCCCGUUUUGGCAAGUCUGCUCUUCCUAAAGAUGGGAUCUCCGCUCAUUUCCUUUUUUAGGUCUGCAGUAUUCUUUUGUACAAAACUGAGAAUGAGCGGUACAGUGCUGAGAAGUGGAAAGAUACAGCAAAGCUGAUGGAUGGUCUUUCCUUGCUUGCACCUCCUUUUCUUUCUCUCACCCUGCCCCCAAGAGCUAACUAGUAAACUGAAUGAAAAAUAGCAGUAAUUAUUUUUUCAGCUUUUACCACAAAUACUGCAAGCCUUUGUUACAGAGAAACCCAAAUAUGGAAAUUCAGCGGGUGCACAGCUCAGAUCUCCCUGUCCUGCCAAAGUAAUAUGAAUUUUCUUUCCAUUUCUCAACUCCCCAUGCUCAAAAUCAUAUUUAAAAAGGGGAAAUGAUUUCUUUUGUUAUGCUGCUGGCCAGAAGAGGGAGCAGAAUCUAUAAAGUAGUGGGAAUAGACACCAGCAGAGAGAAGUCAGCUGAAGUCAGUCUAGCUCAUGGUGUGGUAUGUAUCAAAAGACAUUACACAGUUCAUCCAUCCCAUUGGCUGUGUUGCUCAAAUGCAAGAAAACCACCGGCUCCUCUUUGACGUAUAGAUAUACAUUGGAACAAUUAAAUUCUGAAUAUGAGAAUGAAAAAAAGGUAGUGUGGAGUUUAAGCCCUAGCUUUGUAAAUACUGCUUCUUUUUGGACCACAGACUCCCUCUUACAUUGAUUGAUUUAUGGGAGAGGUGUAUUUGUGAAAAUGAAUUUUGUGGUAAAAUGCUGGAACUUCCCCCGUGAAGAGUAGAUCCAAUCUUCUUUAUUACCUGCACACAGAUGAGAGGUUGGUCUGUUUACUGAAAUGUAUGAAUUAAUCAUGUUUAUUUUUAACACCUCAAUGUUUAACCUUAAAUAUCACCUGAGAGACAGAGUUGAUCACAUUGCAUGAAACAUCUGCCUUCAUAACCUCUUUGCUUCAGAAGCACAUCUGAAGCUGUAAGGAAGUCGAGUGGCUGAACUUCACCUUUGUCAAUCAUUCAGAUGCUGCGCAGCAGGACAGCAGAUUUCAAUAGCAUGUAAUUUGUUCUCUCACAUAGGAGCCAUGUGCCAUAAAGCAGUAUCCUCCCCUUGAGUGGGGUCCUUUGUCAGCAUUGAGCUAUAUUAUACGAUCACAUUUCCAAAUAUUUGUUCUUGUUUCUUUGCAGUGUCAGACCUGUUGUAAACUGAGGAUGUUCCAGCUGUUCAUAAUUGUGAGGGACGAGAGUCAACAUAUUGUGCCUGCUGUGCUCAUCAUCUCCCUAUUCCUUGAUGACUGCAGCCUUGAAAAGUACCACUGUUGUAGUUAAUAUACAUUCCUAUUUAGUGUAUCAUACUGCUGGGAAUUAGAAAAGGUGCUCCCAAGGUUUUAACCAGAGUUAAUUUUGCACAUCAGCCUGACACAGAGUAUUGGAUCCUAUAUUUGCCUAUGUGCUAGCAUUUUGACAAAUCUAGUAUUUGUUUAAACUGUGAAUGCUGUCAGCCCUCUCUCUGAAACUGAGAAGCCUGAAAUUGGACUGGGGACUUCUAUCCCACAAGACCACUUUCUUAGUAACAACUUUCUGCACCAUUUUUUGUGAAGACCCUUAGAGGAAUCUCCAUAGAAUCACCAAAUCAUUUGUGUUGGAAAAGACCUUUAUAAUAAUUUCUAUGAAGCAUUGCCUAAUCACUGAAGAAACAUUGUUUUUCAGAACAUGAGAGAUUUAGUACUAGAGACGAAUUAGUGAGAAGACUCCAAGGACACCAGUUUUCAAUUGGGUGAGCAGGAAAGACCUCAGGUGAAUAAGAAAACUGAAGGACCGGUGGACAACUCAUUUCUGCAGUGGAAGUGGGAAAUUGCAGGAGGGCCGUAGAAGAGCAAAAGGGAUAACGUAAGGGCACACUGCCAAACAUCUGAGAUGUCUUUGCACUAAUGCUGAGAGUAUGGAGAAUAAACAGGAAGAACUGGAGAUCUUGGGACACAACAAAAGCUACAGUUUAAUCAGCAUCACAGAGACUCAGUGGAAUAAAUUGCAGCACUUCAGCGUUAGCAGAAACAGCAUAAUUUGUGUAGGAAGGACAGGCAGGGAAAAAAGGAAGAGUAUUAUCCGGUAUAUUGGGAAUGUGUAGAAGGCCAGAAAGGGGAGAGACAGAGCUGUUUGAGUUAAAAUUGAGAGGUACUGUAAAGCUCUUCUAAAGGUUACUUAAUGAGGAGGAGGAGGCCAAUGUCGUGUUUUUUGAGCAACUACUGGGAGUGUCCUGAGGAUGUGAGGUAGUGGUAAAAGAGGACUUUACAUAACCAGAUAUCUGUUGUAAGAAAAACAAACAAGCAUACAAAACCCAACAAAACCCCCAAACCAACAGCACAGCACAGACAGUUCCUCAAGAUUUUGGAAUGUGUUGGAACAACUUUUUGUUUUGAAGAGUGGAGGCAGUUACAGGAGACAUGACUAGAUAAGCUAUGAUAGAUAUAGCUAAUAAAGAGAAACUUGCUAGAAGACAAUUUGAACUCAUACAUCUGUGGAAAAGGAGGCUUGAGGGGAGGAGGGCAAGAUGAAAUGACUCUUGUAAGGCGGACUUCCUCAUGUUGGGGAAUUGAUAGGGAAGGUUUGCAGGGAGGAACCAAAAGGAGCUUAAGGAAACAGGCAGUUUGGAGGAAGUCCUUAUUUAAAGGUCCCAUAGGAAGCU